AGCCCAGUUGCCAUUAUGCUGCUGCUGCUGCUGGCUGCCGCUACAUCAGAAAGCGCCUCACAUCACAGUGGCCAUCCUUACUUCAACGAAGAUAAAUAAUUGAUCCGAAUCGAUUGUUUCCCUGGAUUGAAUUGCGAAGGAAAAUUGCCUGUGUCUGUGGCCUUCUUCGUUCGGCCCAGUGAGGUCAGCUCAUGAAUAUUGCUGCAUUUCCCAGCGAAGCUCUGGCACUGCAUGGUACCUCAUGCAUCCGUGUGGGUGUGCGCUUUACAGCCCUAAGAGGAGACAAAGUGGGGGCUCAAAGGGAAGCUCACAAGUAGGAGAAAGAUGACCCUUAGAGGACUGGACUUCUCCGCGACUCCGCAGAGAUAGCGUCAACCAUGAGCCAGCCACCGAUCGGGGGCGCUGCUGCUACAGGCUCGCCUCGCCUGCAUCCAGAGGGGAGCAGCAGCAGCAGCAGCAGAAACAAGCAGCAGCAGCAACGAGCAUCCUCUCCAGGCAGACCCAGGGAUUCUCCCGCCCGCCAGCCCUCCCCAGCUGCGAACUCUCCCCGCUCCACAGCGGCUGCUGCAGUUGCUGCCACCAAAGCAAGCUCCGCCCGGCAGCAACAACCGCAGCUGCCGCCGCCGCCAGGGCAGAAAACCAGCCGGGCUAAGGGGGGAGGAGGAGGAGGAGGAGUGGGAGGGGACAAGCUGCCUCCGCAGCCUUCGCCGGUAAGGAGCGCGGUGCCGCUGGGAGCUGUCCAGGCCGGGGGUGGUGCUGAAGCCCAGCCCGCUUCGCCCCUGGCAGGCGGGUGCCCGAAACCAAACCCCGGGCCCGCCGCUGACAAGCGAGAAGCGGCCGUCAAAGACGCCGAGCUUGCGGCGCCCAGAGUGGGCGAGCAGCAGACGCCCUCGGCCGGAGGGGAGGUGGAACGCGAGGGCGCGUUUGCGCUUUCUCAGCCCCCGCCCAAGAUCUGGAGCCGGGGUAAAGCGGGGAGGCCUCCGCAGAAGGGCGUGGGGGAGGCGGCCCCGGCUCCUCCAUCUUCUUGUGGCGCAGGGAAGGGCCGGGUCCUGGCGGGGGGCGGCGGCGGCGGCUACUGGAAGGAAGGAUGCCUGCAAAGUGAGCUCAUCCAGUUCCACCUCAGGAAAGGGCUGGCGGCGGCCCAGAUGCAAAGCAAAGGCAGCAACCAGAGCAACGGUGACGGCGGUGCCGCGGCAGCCGGGCAGCCCCAACCUGCCGACCUCUCUCCCUCUUCGACCCCAUCGCCAAUGGCGCCGGCUGGGGCCGAAGAAGGCAAUGGCCGCAGCGGAGCCCCCGAAGGCGCUCUGAGCCUGAACCCUCGGCAGCAGCAGGAGCUGCAGGACGAGGUGGAGAAACUGCGGGAUGAGAACGAGACCCUCAAGAAUGAGAUAGAUGAGCUGAGGACUGAGAUGGAUGAGAUGAGGGAUAGCUUCUUUGAAGAGGAUGCCUGCCAACUACAGGAAAUGCGCCACGAAUUGGAAAGGGCCAACAAGAACUGCCGAAUUCUUCAGUAUCGUCUUCGUAAGGCUGAACGCAAGAGGCUUCGCUAUGCGCAAACUGGGGAGAUUGAUGGAGAGCUCUUGCGUAGCUUGGAGCAGGACCUGAAGGUUGCAAAAGAUGUUUCAGUCAGACUUCACCAUGAGCUAGAAAAUGUGGAAGAAAAACGCACCACUACAGAAGAUGAGAAUGAAAAAUUAAGACAGCAGCUGAUAGAAGUCGAGAUUACAAAGCAGGCUCUGCAGAAUGAACUUGACAAAAUGAAAGAGCAGUCUAUGAAAAGAAGAGGAAGCAAAGACUUGCAGAAAGCAGAAAAAAAGUCACAGCAGACACCCACCGAGGAGGACAAUGAAGAUCUGAAAUGCCAGUUGCAGUUUGUCAAAGAAGAGGCUGCCCUGAUGAGGAAAAAACUGGCCAAAAUAGACAAGGAAAAGGACAGAUUUGAACAUGACCUGCAAAAGUAUAGAUCAUUUUAUGGUGAUCUAGACAGUCCUUUACCAAAAGGUGAAGCUGGAGGCCCACCUACCACAAGAGAAGCAGAACUCAAGCUUCGUCUGAGGUUAGUAGAAGAGGAAGCCAAUAUUCUGGGAAGGAAAAUAGUGGAACUGGAAGUAGAAAACAGGGGGCUGAAGGCAGAGCUUGAUGACUUAAGAGGAGAUGACUUCUCAGGGUCAGCCAACCCCCUCAUGAGGGAAGAAAGUGAAUCUCUCUCAGAGUUACGACAACAUCUGCAGCUAGUUGAGGAUGAGACAGAACUGUUGAGAAGAAACUUGGCAGAUGUGGAAGAACAAAACAAGCGCAUCACGACAGAGUUGAACAAAUACAAAUACAAAUCUGGGGCCCAUGACAGCUCAAGGCACCAUGAUAGUGCCAAGACGGAAGCCCUUCAAGAAGAACUGAAAGCUGCCCGCAUGCAGAUCAAUGAACUCAGUGGCAAAGUCAUGCAACUUCAGUAUGAGAAUAGAGUCCUGAUGUCCAACAUGCAGCGCUAUGAUCUGGCCUCUCACCUGGGGAUACGGGGCAGUCCCAGAGACAGUGAUGCUGAGAGCGAUGCAGGGAAAAAAGAAAGUGAUGAUGAUUCUCGUCCUCCACAUCGCAAAAGAGAAGGACCCAUUGGUGGGGAAAGUGACUCAGAGGAGGUCCGCAACAUCCGUUGCCUGACCCCUACUAGAUCUUUCUAUCCGACACCGUCAGGGUGGCAGAAAAGCUUCACAGAUAGGCAACAAAUGAAGGACAUCCGCUGUGAAGCCGAACGCCUGGGCAAGACAAUAGACCGCCUGAUUUCAGACACAAGCACCAUCAUCACAGAGGCAAGAAUUUAUGUGGCAAAUGGGGACCUGUUUGGACUUAUGGAUGAUGAAGAUGAUGGCAGUAGGAUACGGGAGCACGAACUUCUUUAUCGGAUAAAUGCCCAGAUGAAGGCAUUUAGAAAAGAACUCCAGGCCUUCAUUGACAGACUAGAAGUUCCAAAGUCUUCGGAUGAUCGAAGUACAGAUGAACCAUUGUCAGUGAGUCAGAUGUUCCAGCCUAUCAUUUUACUUAUUCUCAUCCUUGUAUUAUUUUCAUCCCUUUCUUACACAACGAUAUUUAAACUUGUCUUCCUUUUCACACUGUUCUUUGUGCUGUAGACCUUUUUUCAUCAUUUUACCAUUCAUUGUAGUCUUAUUUUCAGUUUGUAUUAUUUUGUCCAUCCUCCAAGAUAAGAAGUGCGAGAACUAUAGUUUCUGUAGUAAUCACUGCUGUAAAAACACUGAAGACUACUUGUUGCAAGAAGAGUAACCAAACCACACAUGCCACAGUACAGACUACAAAAGCAAGCAAGCAACAACAAAAUCUCAACAACUAAAGCAGAAUUGUGCUCAUUAAGAAAUGCCAGGAUCAGUAUUUUCAGAACUGGAAGCCUUUUCCCCACCUCACUGCUUUCAUUCCUAUUUUGCAUUUGUACCCGAAUACUUCUGAAGAAAUCCUCCUCUACAAAAGACAUUUCUAGGCAAGGAAUAUCUUGCUCAAGUCCGCUAGUACUUCAUAUUUGCAAAAUAUUUUAUUCACAACAACCCUAUCAGAAAGGUAUAAACAGAAGAAAAUUUGCUGGAUUCCAGGUCAGUUUUGGAAAGCAUUUGAAGCUGAGCUAAGAGAGGAGAAACUAUCUGGAGCUUCAGGGUCAAAUGACAGGUCUGGCUGAGAUCUGGAAAGAGAAAGGACUAAAUGCUACAUUGCACAGCUGGAGCCCAAGGCAAAUAAGACCUGUUCUGAUUUAACAACACCCACAUUCCAGAAAGGCUCAGAAAAGAAAAGAAGGAUAGUGACACUUCUCAGUUGAAUGACUGCAGCUAUGGACCUACAGACACAACUGGAGAACACAACUGAGAGGAACUGGUGCAAAGAGAAAAUGGAACUACUGGAGCGUUUUGACAAUGAAAGGAAGGAGUGGGAAUGUCAAUGGAAGGUCAUGCAGAAGAAAAUAGAA